AUGUCGUAUCUUUUGAGACGAACCGAAUCUGGACGAUAUGCUCCUAAUCAAGAAGAACAUUAUCCUUCUACUCGCAGAGAAGAUUCUUUUUCAGAGUUGUUAUCUGUUCCAGAUUCACCACCUCCACCUUACUCAGGUAUUGUAGGAACAUCAGAUUCGUUUACAACAGCUCCAGAAGAAGCAAAAGAAGCCAUUACUAAUUGUGUUGCUCAGGAAUUUGAGCAAUAUAAUCACGAGAUAGCUUCUCUCAAAAAAACAAACAAAAAACUUUUAAAUACUGUUUCACUCUUGAAAAAUA